CCCGUCUUACCCACAGCGUUGUCUGCAUUAGCAUGACCUCAGACAAGUUCUUCAGUCGUGGAAUCAUAGUUGAAAAGGAGGAAUCAAACAAAGCAGGACUUGUGGGAGGCGGCAGCGGUAAGAAAAGCCUGCGGCUCGUUUCCAGACUCCGCCGGAGAAGCUGAUGAUGUCAUCAAGCGUGUCCUGGAGAUUCUCCCAUCGAGGAACGACAGUGAAGGGAAAGUUUAUUAAAACAACUCUGAGGGGAGGGGAGAAAGGAGUUGGAGAAGGAGAACUCCCAGGCAAAAACUUUAUCCACGCUAGAGAGGACUCUUGGAAGCUCUUUCAGCAAACUGGAUUACAAUAAAAAGAGUUUUCUGUGGAUUAAUGUUGCCAUAAUUAAUUGGAUUAACGAUCACAGAAGGAGCUGAAGGAGGGAGUCAUGAGGGUCAUCUGCUCCUCUCUGGUGCUUCUCACCAUCUGCUUGGUUCACGGGGGUCAUCUGGCAUUAGCUGAAGGUGUCAGCUGCCCGUCCAUACAGGUAGAAGAAUGGAAGUUUCCUCAAACUAUCAGAGACAACAUUACAGGUUUCAAUCUGGUGCGCAGUUUCUCCCUGUUGAAGAACAGCGAGGUCAAGAAGAUCCGAAACCUGAGAGGGCCUGUCAUCCUUCGCCUUGGGAAAGUACAACUCAUCCAACCUACAUAUCAAGUGUUUCCUCGUGGACUUCCAGAGGAGUUCACCCUGGUCUUCACCUUGCUGCUGAAGAAGAAAUCUUUAAAUGAUAACAUUUACCUGUUCCAGAUAUCUGAUGAACAUGGCUAUCCUCAGUUGUCACUGGACUGGAAUGGUCCAGAUGGUAACCUGGCCCUGCGGGCGAGAGGGGCUGACCCUGAAGGGUCCAUGGUGGGGUGUGUGUUCGAAGGUGAUGGUGUGGAAUCCCUGAAGGACAUGCACUGGCAUAAGGUGGCUCUGAGUCUGCAGAGAGAUGCGGUCUCCCUGCACGUGGACUGCAGCUCCAUUGAGAACAAGCCCCUGGAGCUCCGUGGCCAGUUACCCAUCAAUGGACACACGCUGUUGGGUAUGAGGGCUACUGAUGCUGCUCCUGUGGAGAUUGACGUCCAGCAAGUGAUGGUGUAUUGUGACCCCUCUCUGGCUGUCCAGGAGGCCUGCUGUGAGAUACCUGGAGCUCGGGUAAUAAAGCCUGAACUGUGCCCACCGGACACUCCCAAGAGUCGACGAGCCGCAGAGAACCAGGUGGAGUUUGCGCCCAAUCCCUUCGCUCAGGAAAUUCUUGGAUCCAAGGAACUGGCAGAAAAAUGUGCAGGCUGUGUACUGCUCAAUGAGGAAUCAAGUGUUAUUCAGGAAGGCUAUGCGGGUCAGUCAGGCCUCAAAGGAGAGAAGGGAGACAGGGGUUUGGACUGUACUGGUGCUGGAGUUCCUGGACGAGUGAGUCAAUAUAUUUUUUGCCUGGAAAAAUUACCUUUCUUGCACAGUUGGACUGUACUGGUGCUGGAGUUCCUGGACGAGUGA